AUGAGAGGUUACGAACAAAGUAGUACGGCCCAGACAACCUACCCAGACCUAGCCAGUCUCGGUUUUGAGGCUUCCGCCCACAAUUACAACAGAAUCUUCGGACCUCAGGCGCAAGAUGAAGAUUUUCUCCUACCAGACUUCAUGCAUAGUGACUUAUCAGGAUCGACUCCAAGCAUGGAUUAUUACAGCCAAUACCAGGCUACACCGUUGCUCGAGGGAGCCAACAGUCACAUGCGCGACACCGGAAACGAUGCUGAAGGCAUCAGCAGAGGCGCUCCUCAGAGCCAAGCACGCACGGAGACGCAGAAGCCCCUCGCACCGAAACGGCUACAGUGCGCUGACCCUGCUCAGCCACCUGGUCCAAGCAAGUCACCGAGCAAGGCAAAGACCCCUGCCGCAGGAAAAGGCGGUAGAGUGUCCAAACUAGGACUCAAGAAAGCAAGGCUUGGAGACACGCUAGGCACUGACAACAGGGCGCGGGCAGAAACCAGGUGGGAGAAUGGCAUCAUGUACGGCAUGGUGAACAAGGAGUGGAAGCCCGCAGCCUAUCAUUGCGACAACAGAGAGGAGCUUAUCAUGAGGGCGGCCCAGCAGCCUGGAGCUCCAGACUUGGAGCACAAUCCAAAAGCCCCUUACAUUAUGCUUAGGGGACUUGUCAUGUUGAACACAAACAACCGGCCAGUCAAAGACUACCCUGGAGCACCUCAGGUAAUGAGUACUCAUGAGCGGGAUAUAGUUGUGGAAGGUCUGCGACGGUUGUCCAGCCAGACGAGCCGAAUGCCUCCUAGAAGAGCCACAGCGAGCGGGGAGAGAAAGCUACAGGGGGGGUCGGGCUUCACAAAUCGCCUAGCAAGAUGGAGGAAGGAACACCCCGAGUGUGUUAUUUGGCACGAGAGGGGCAAACGCAAGGGGAAAGAGGCGGAGGUCACCGAUCAACCUGGUCUAUCAGACGAGGAGGACUACACAUCAGACUCGAUCCCAGACUCUGAACCUACGCCGUACCAGGACUUGGACGAGAAUGCCGGGUUCUAUUCCAGUCAUUCCUCGUCACUCAUACCAGGAAUUGAUCCUUCGUCGACAGAAAACCAAUUCUGGUUGGAGCAAUCAAUGGACAUCAAUCAGCAGAUGUCAUGCCCAGAACCAGACCCUUUCUCGGGAGCAAACUGGAACUCAGGCAUACCGGGAGGGUCCUAUCCCCACCAUCAGCUGAGCACCGAGCAUGUGGAGCAAACAGAAGGGAGCAAUCAGUACAACGCAUCGCCCUUCCGACAAGCAAACAUGCCCACACACACUGCAAACAAUGCCGCAGCAGAGGGUAUAUAUUCCCCGGGCUAUCCCUUUAGAUACGCCCCAACAAAUAUAUACCCCCCUGGCAAUCCACUUGGACUCCCAUUCAAACCUAUAUAA